AAUGGUUCAAAAGUGAUCAGAUGUGAUUUUUCCACAGUAUCUUUGCACUGCCUUGCGCUAUUCAGUCAUUCGUUUUGUGCUCGCUGUGAUUUAGUCGCUAUUUAAAUAUUUACGAAAUAAUAUGUUUUGAAAACUUUGCCUGUUUUGAACAACUGGCGGAAUACGCAACUACACAAGUUUGAUGAGAAGGCUUUUAGGCGUACGUAAAAAGUAAAUGAUGUCAUCAUUAAUUUGGAAGAAAAAGUUACACAACAUUUAAAUUAGAUGCAUCACACACACGAACAAAUAUAUACCUGUAACGAAAAUUUCAACGAUAUCUUUUCUCAUCGUACCGCAAUUGAUACACUAUAACGUUACGAAUACAAAAAAUCGAAUAGAAACUCCAAAGAGCAGCACUGUUCGUCACAACACAAAGAGCAAAAAUAUACCAAUUAAACACACCUCGAAAAGUGAAAAUAUAAUAGAAGCUCUGCUAAACAAAGCUGGACAUAAUUUGUAGAUAACAUCAGCUGGAAAGUAUAUUUGUUUUUCUUGGAUCAAAUUUGUGCAGAUAUUUCCAAAUAGAAGCCGCCCAUAAAAUGGCCACAAAUAGCAUAAAAUCAUAUAUUGUUUCCAAAUACCAAGGUUUAUGUAAUUACAUGGAGCGUGACACAAUCGGUACACAAGUCGCAAUUUAUGGCACUUCAGGCUUAAUGCUACUCAUUGCAUAUAUAAAACGUAAACCGGCUUAUUUAGUACGUCCUUUCAAAAAACCUUCUCAUAUACCGGAGAAACUAAUAAAUGAACGUGUUAUGCAUACUGGUCUUAUACGUGAUGUACAAGUUAAAAAUCAAGACACUAUUUUACUCAUAAGUCACCGACCACUUAUACCGAUAUUUGCUAGUAAGGAUCGUGUACUGCCAGUUAAGCUGCCAGGUAUUAAAGUGAAUGGCAAUGGUGUCUCUUGGCUGCAAUCAUGCGUCCUAGGUCAACGUGCCACUUUUAUACCAUUGGUGAAGAGUAAACGCGAUGAUUUUGUCGUAAGCCAAUUGUGUUUAGUGCAUCCACCCAAAGGUGGACGCCUCAUAGACAUAUCAGAGACUUUGCUGAAGUUAUGUUUUGCACGCUAUGCACCCGAUGAAGCAGCCGCUAUUAAACGUAAUAUCAAAUACUAUGACCAUCUUAAGAAGGUGGAGGCGAGUGCAUUAACUAAACAAUCGUGGUUCUUUUGGUUAGCUAAACAUCCAUCGUUGUGGAGUACACUGCGCGAAGCAAAAGCUAAGGUGUUUUCAAAGAAGACAUUGUUACCGGAACUUGUGCGCUGAACAACUGUAAAGGAAAUCAGCAAACAGCAUUUGAUCACUUGGCGCAGCUAAAGCGCUAAUACAAUAAGAAGUAAUGGGUGCGUUGGAAAAUGUCAAUUUAUAUUGCACAUUCUACAGUUUUUGCGUACACCAGCAUGGAAAAUAUAGCGUUUAGAAAUACAUAUUAUAUUUGAGUGAUUGCAUAUUUGUUUUGUUUUAUUUUUUUAAAUUUUAUUUAAUUCCAUUUUUUAUUGUAUUGAAUUUCUUUUAAUAUACAUUUUUUUUACUUGUACUUACACAUGUAUACUUUCACAACCUGGCGCCACUUUGAUUUCAAUAAAUACCGUGCCUUAGACGGUGUUGUGUUUAAUUAAAAUU